UUGAUUUUGUCUCAGCAGGAGAACUUUUGUUCUCAUUGAUACGGGCCAGUCUUAUAAGAACCAGAAGCUUCCAUGGCUUUACAGGGAGACGAUGAUUUCUGGACUCCUCCCUCUGAAUCGGAAUUGAAGAUUCUGAGAGCGCGACGAGAGCGUCAGGACCGAAUCAGUCGUCUCAUGGGAGACUAUUUACUGAAAGGCUACAGAAUGCUCGGAGACAGUUGUGAGUCGUGUGGGACUAUUUUACUACAAGACAAACAGAAGAAGCUGCUGUGCGUUUCUUGUCAAGAACUUGAUUCGGAUACUGAGAAGGACAAUCCAGUCCUCAAUCAUCAGGCAGCUCUGUCUCAGGUGCGAGAGCAUCAGCUUUCUCUCCAGACUUGCCAGGAAAAUCCUCCGGCCCAAGAAGCACAAUCUGUUUCAAUCCCAAAACCAAAGGCUGAUUCUCCUCCAAUCAAGUCUGAUCCUAUCUUGCCAAAUACUGAUGCCAUUGUAUUGGCCGAAAGUGCUGUAUUGGACAAGCUUUGCUGGGCAUCUCACCAGCUCCAAACAACCUCCUCUGUGGAGUUCAGCUCACAGCUUUGUGCACUUAUUGGCUCUUGUGCACAGAGUUUGCGCUUUCUCCGUGACCUCAAUCACUGAUGGACAUAUAAUUCCCUAUUCCAUCACCCCAAAACUCCCCUAUUCCAUCACCCCAAAACUCCUCUUCCACUGAAACAAGCUGUCAUGGCAAUGGGGGACUGGUAUUUGUUGUAAACGGAUACCAUUCUGACCAAUGGCUACUUUAUGUUCAGCAUCACCAGGUUUUAGAAUUGUUACUGUGCAAAUAGACUCCCAUAACAUGUUCUUUCACUGUGUUUUAGUUGACCUGAAAGUGAAUGAAAAGAGAUUUGGGUCAUGGUUUUCCUAUAUUUAAAAACAGAUCUCUUGCCUCCGCUGUUUGCAAAAAUUGCUGCAUAGAUAAAUAAAGGUAUUUAAAGUGGUAA